UCCCGAGACGCUGGAAAAGGGCGCAAGGAUUUGAAACAUGGCGGACGACGUGGACCAGCAACAAACUACCAAUACUGUGGAAGAACCCUUGGAUCUUAUUAGGCUGAGCCUAGACGAGAGGAUUUAUGUGAAAAUGAGAAACGACCGAGAGCUUCGAGGCAGACUGCAUGCAUAUGAUCAGCAUUUGAAUAUGAUUUUGGGAGAUGUGGAAGAAACUGUGACCACUAUAGAAAUUGAUGAAGAAACGUAUGAAGAGAUCUAUAAAUCAACGAAACGGAAUAUCCCGAUGCUCUUUGUCCGGGGAGAUGGUGUGGUUCUCGUGGCUCCUCCGUUGAGAGUUGGCUGAGACUGUGUGUUCCCUGUACGGUUGGUUGCCUCCAUAGAUGUAGAAGAUAUGCAAAAGAGAAAAUGGUGUGAAUUUUCAUAUGAAGAAAUGGCCACGGCUGCUUCUGUCCUUUAAAUUCUUAAGCUAAAUGGCAUUUUAAUUUUUCUCCAAGCCCUAGCAAUGAUUGUGCUCACCAAGAUGAGAAAUUCUGUUUUCAGGAGUUGAUAUGCUCCAGUUCCUUUUUCAUUUUUUAUUUCUUUUUCUUAAAUUAAAGAUGUUCCCUUUUUACAAAAAAAAAAAACAAACAAAAA